AUGUUAUUUGAUCUUAAUGAAGUUCCUACAGAAGAUGAUCUUGUAAAUACUUCUACAGCCAAUGACAGAGAAGAAGGGGAAUUGACNGAGUCUGAUGCUUGUGCCAAGGAUAAUUCUGACUACAAGGGUANNUUGCNGCGAGAGCAGGGGAUGACGGAAACUGCAAUAGAAUCGGUGAAAGAUGAUGUACAAGAACAAGGUUUGGCGGUGAAGCAGAGAGAGGUUAAAGGAGUUGAAGCAAGUUAUGCAAUUAAGUGUGCUAAUACCACUGUGAAACGAAAGAUGGAUCCACGUAAAGAGGCAAUGUUGGGAAAGAAACGCAGUAGGCAGACCAUGUUUCUUAAUCUGGAAGAUGUUAAGCAAGCAAGUUCUGUUAAGACAUCAACACCUAGGAGACAGAACUCUGCACAACCUGUCCUUUCGGACUCCCGUCUAGCUAAUCCACCUGCUGAGCAUGGAGGAGAAAUUCAAAGCCGCGGCUUAUAUAAAGAUCAAAAAUCAAUCGAUUUUCCUUCUAAUGGUGGUAUACAUCCAGAAUCCUCUGAACAGAAGUCCGAAAGUAAUGGCGAAUCAUAUUCGGGUUUACUUGGUAAGCCUAGGAGGCUGAACGGGGAUGGAGGACCUUCUGCUGAUGGGAUGGGAACAUCUGUGUCAAGGCAGGCUUCUUGGAAGCAGCCUACCAAUUCACGGCAGCCCAAGAGCGGUCAUUCAUCUAGUAGAAAAGUACCUUACAGCCAAAGUACUUUCAAGAAGCCAGCCACAACUAGGACCCAGUAUCAGGAUACAUCAGUGGAGCGUCUUAUACGAGAGGUGACCAACGAAAAGUUCUGGCGUCAUCCUGAGGAUACUGAGCUCCGAUGUGUACCUGAGCGGUUUGAAUCUUUGGAAGAGUAUGCCAGAGUUUUUGAACCCUUACUUUUUGAGGAAUGCCGGGCACAACUUUACAGUACAUGGGAAGAGCUGGCUGAGGCAAAUGCAUAUGUGAAAGUUCAAAUCAAAUCCAUCGAAAGAAGAGAGAGAGGAUGGUAUGACGUUAUACUCCUGUCUUUAAACGGCAGUAAAUGGGCUUUCAAGGAGGGAGAUGUUGCAGUUCUUUCAAUUCCUGUGCCUGAAUCAGAAGAGCACGAGGAUGUGGGACGUGUAGCUGGUACAGUUAGGAGACAUANACCAAUUGAUACCCGUGAUCCUCUUGGAGCUACUCUUCAUUUCUAUGUUGGAGAUUCUGGUGGCACUAGCAGCAAGAUUGAUGAUAAUCAUAUUUUACGGAAGCUUAAACCUAAGGAUAUCUGGCAUCUAACAGUGCUUGGUUCACUUGCAACCACACAGAGGGAAUAUGUUGCACUGCAUGCGUUCUCUCAACUUAACCCACAGAUGCAAAAUGCCAUUCUCAAUCCCAGUCCGGAGCAGUUUCCUAGUUAUGAAGUUCAAACCCCUGCAAUGCCUGAUUGUUUCACUACUAGCUUUGUUGACCAUUUACGUAGGAGCUUUAAUGCUCCGCAGCUGGCUGCAAUCAACUGGGCUGCCAUGCAUACUGAAGCUGGGACUAGUAGUGGGGUGAAGAAGCAAGAACCAUGGCCAUUCACUCUGGUUCANGGCCCUCCAGGAACAGGCAAGACACAUACAGUUUGGGGAAUGUUGAAUGUCAUCCAUUUGGUUCAGUAUCAACAAUAUUACACUUCGUUGCUGAAGAAACUAGCACCUGAGAGCUAUAUACAAGCUAAUGANUGCAGNUCGGAUAAUGUUUUGUCAGGAUCUAUUGAUGAAGUCCUACAAAANAUGGACCAGAANCUGUUUCGCACCUUGCCCAAACUCUGUGCUAAACCAAGGAUGCUCGUNUGUGCUCCUUCAAAUGCUGCAACUGAUGAACUUCUUUCNCGUGUCCUNGAUCGUGGUUUCAUUGAUGGGGAGAUGAGGGUAUAUCGCCCUGAUGUUGCUCGGGUUGGUGUUGAUUCUCAAACGCGAGCNGCUCAAGCAGUUUCUGUGGAGCGAAGAAGUGAUCAGCUAUUAGCUAUAUCUCGNGAUGAGAUUCUACGACACAUGCAUAACCUCAGACUUCAAGAAACACAGAUUUCUCGAGAUAUAGCUGGACUGAAAANGGAACUUAAUGCUGCAGCCUUNGCUACACGUUCUCAGGGAUCUGUUGGAGUUGACCCUGAAGUCCUUANAUCUAGAGACCAGAAAAGAGAUGCAUUGUUACAGCACCUUUCUGCUGUGGUUGAAGCCAGAGAUAAAGUCCUUGUUGAAAUGUCUCGCCUUCUUAUUGUGGAGGNAAAGUUUCGUUCUGGUAACAAUUUUAAUCUNGAAGAAGCUCGAGCGAGUCUCGAGGCAAGUUUUGCAAAUGAGGCUGAAAUUGUUUUUACNACUGUAUCAAGCAGUGGUCGUAAAUUGUUUUCUCGUCUUACCCAUGGCUUUGAUAUGGUUGUNAUUGACGAGGCUGCCCAAGCUAGUGAAAUUGGAAUUCUUCCUCCCCUGGCCCUUGGUGCUGCGCGAUGUGUACUUGUCGGCGAUCCUCAGCAGCUUCCUGCAACNGUGAUUAGCAAAGCAGCUGGAACCCUUUUAUACAGUAGAAGUCUCUUUGAAAGGUUUCAGCUAGCAGGUUGUCCGACNUUGUUGUUAACUGUUCAAUAUAGAAUGCAUCCUCAAAUCCGNGAUUUUCCAUCAAGGUACUUCUACCAAGGACGCCUCACAGACAGUGAAAGUAUAUNNAGUGCUCCCGAUGAGAUUUACNAUAAAGAUCCUGUCCUUAGGCCUUACCUCUUCUUCAAUAUCAGNCAUGGACGGGAGUCUCAUGGAGGUGGNUCUGUAUCUUACGAGAAUGUUGAUGAAGCUCGAUACUGUGUUGGGGUGUACAUGCAUCUUCAGAAAACUCUGAAGUCNUUGAAUGCGGGUAAAGUCUCUGUUGGGGUAAUAACGCCNUACAAACUGCAGCUGAAAUGNCUGAANCACGANUUUGGCAANGCUUUGGGCCAAGAUGAACUGAAAGAGUUGUAUAUCAAUACUGUAGACGCGUUUCAGGGUCAAGAACGUGAUGUCAUAAUCAUGUCAUGUGUGCGUGCUUCUGGUUACGGGGUUGGCUUUGUUUCAGAUAUCCGACGGAUGAACGUUGCCCUUACCCGUGCAAGAAGAGCUUUGUGGGUGAUGGGAAAUGCAUCAGCGCUGAUGAAGUCUGAGGAUUGGGCAGCGUUGAUCACUGAUGCCAGAGCCAGGAACUGUUUUAUGGAAAUGGACUCUCUUCCCCAGGAUUUUCCACUUCCGAAGGUACCUGACUAUAAUCCGAAGGCGCCUAUCGCAAGAGGUUUCAGAUCAGGUGGAGCAAGAAUUAGAUCUUUUGAUAGGCAAACUGAAUCCAGUUCAGGGACAACAACGUCAGAAGACAACGAGAACACAUCGACAUUUGCAAGAAAUGAUCAUCUUCGAAGAAAUGAUGAUUCUGAGGUUAGACAUAGGGAUGCCCGUCCGCAGCACGGAAAUCAGAGGAAGACAAAUUUUGGACGGGAUUUGGCUAGACGAGACAGAGAAGAAGGGGAGCAUGAAAGCUCGGUGGAAUGA